UAUUGGAUGUUGCCAUAGAAACAGUAAACAGCACUAGUCUACUGACACUGAUACUGACACAAAUGCUUCCUAAGCUACAUGGCUAGACAGAGAGAGAGUUUCAGGUACAAUAAAAAAGAGACAGUAAGAAAGAAGGCUGUUUGUAGACUGGCUUUUGACUAAGGACUUCAUAAUCCCAUAAAGUGUCAGUGGUGAGGCAGACAGCCAUGGCAGGAGCACAGAGUGACCCUGGCAAGUGGUUUAUGCCAGGGUGGAGGAUAGAAGAGAAGUAUUCUAACAGAGUUCUCAUUGGAAACUGGGCUGAGGACCGGCUUAAGUUUGAAAGAGGAUAUCACAAACCAAAUAGUACACAAAGGAUAGACUUUGUUCCCUACCCGAACUUCAAACCAGAUGUUAUAAUCCGAAAAUCUGCUCUGAAGAGAGGUGAGGGUAUACCUACACAGCACUUGUUUUCACACCAUGGAUUGCACAGUUCAAACAACUUGGUAUCAUCAUAUGAUGAGAACUUUAACAAACGUGUAAAUCGUGCCCUGCCUCCACUUCGAACAUGGGAUGGCAAGAAGCUUGCGUGGGUACCAGAGCGGUCAGACUAUCCAUUAGAAGAGCCACCAACAAAUUUUGGACUCCUGGACAAAAAGAUAGUAGGAUGGACACCACAGACUCUGCAUUUGAGAAGUACCUACACAGCAUCCUAUACCCAGCACCCACGUUCCAGUUUUCUAUUCCCCAGAUACACUGCAGUACCGCGCAACCUUUCCAGCAACCUUUAUCCACCCAACAAUGUAUAUAAAAAUAUGCAACUUAAAGAAAAAUCACAACUCCAAGUGCCGGAUGGUAUUGAGGGACCUAGCACCUUGCUCCCUUCUGUUGACAUUCACACAUAAUGAAAUGCCUGUUUUAGCAAUAAAAUUGUUUAUAAUGCA